AGAAGAAAAAAGUCUCCUCCCACUCAAAAUGGCGACUUAGAGGAGAGUCCACGCUUGUUUGUUGACAUAUAUUUAAAAAACCCCAACCUUAUGCUACAUUAGUGGAGCUACAACUACAACAACUAUGUCGAGACUCAUCGUUAAAAACCUUCCCAACGGGAUGAAGGAGGAGAGGUUCAGGUCGAUGUUUGCUGCCUUUGGCACGGUGACGGACUGCUCUCUGAAGUUUACCAAGGACGGAAAGUUCCGCAAGUUCGGCUUCGUGGGCUUUAAAGCCGAAGACGACGCGAACAAAGCUCUGAAACAUUUCAACAAGAGCUUCGUGGACACCUCCAGAGUGACGGUGGAGAUGUGUAAGGCCUUUGGAGACCCCACUAAGGCCAAAGCCUGGAGCAAACAUACCCAGAGCUCAGGCCCGGAUAAACCCUCCACUCCUGCAGACACUGACAGCAAAAAGAAAAAGAAACAGAAAAAGGAAACCAACAGCGCACUGGGAAAUCUGGAGGAGGACCAGGGAUUCAAAGAGUUUCUGUCAGUACAUCAGAACAGAAGCCAAGUACCAACGUGGGCGAAUGACACCGUGCAGCAAACACCCGAUCCUGACAGUGGACGGACAAAGACUCAGAGCAAGAAGAAGGUUGCCUCAGAUGAUUACCUCAACUUUGAUUCAGACCAGUCAGAGGAGGAGGAGGAGGAGGAGAAAGAAGAACAGGAUGAAGAUGAAGAUGAAGGUGCCACUAAAGAAGCACUGAAGUCCAGCUUAUCCGAUAUGGACUAUCUGCGCUCGAAGGUGGCGCACACGGAUGACACCAUGGAGGAGAGCGAAGAGAAGGAUGCCGGUGAAGCUGGUGAUGAUAUGGAUGAUGAUGAUGAUGAUGAAGAGGAGGAUCGUGGUCCUGUACAGCACACAGACAGCGCCUAUGAAAGUGGUGACACCUCAAAGAUCAAACCCUCAGUUUCCUCUGAGGAUAAGAAGCAGAGCAAAGCGAAGAAACCCGCCAAGCAAGAGAUGGAGCCAGUGACAGAGUUCACGGUGAAGCUGAGAGGAGCCCCGUUCAGUGUGAAAGAGCAACAAAUUCGAGAGUUCAUGACCCCGCUGAAGCCUGCAGCAAUCAGGAUCGGGAAGAACGAAAGUGGAAAUAGAACAGGUUAUGUAUAUGUGGAUUUACACUCUGAGGAACAGGUGGAAAAGGCCUUGAAGAAGAAUAAAGACUACAUAGGUGGGCGUUACAUUGAGGUCUUCCGUGUGGAUGGCUCUGGGGGUAAGGGCAAGAAAGACAGAAAGGACAAAGAAAUUGACAGAAACUUCACCAGGAAGCUCAAGGAAGAUGAGGAGGAGGAAGAUGUGGCGGAGUCAGGUCGACUCUUCCUCAGAAACCUUCCUUACACCUGCACAGAGGAAGAGAUCAAAGAGCUAUUUUCUAAACAUGGUCCGUUAUCCGAGGUGCUCUUCCCUAUUGACAACCUAACCAAGAAGCCUAAAGGAUUCGCUUUCAUAACAUACAUGAUCCCAGAGAAUGCUGUGACGGCUCUGGCUCAGCUGGACGGACAUGUAUUUCAGGGCAGGAUGCUCCACCUGCUUCCGUCCACUGUGAAGAAGGAGAAGACGGAUUCUUCAGAUGCUGGUGGUCCCGGCUCUUCAUCUUACAAACGGCAAAAAGAUGCUAAAAGUAAAGCUUCAAGUUCCAGCUCCCACAACUGGAACACCCUAUUUGUGGGCACAAGUGCAGUGGCAGAUGCCAUUGCUGAAAAAUACAACACCACAAAAAGCCAAGUCCUGGACCAUGAGUCUAAAGGAAGCGUUGCUGUGAGGAUGGCUCUGGGAGAGACUCAGAUCGUUCAGGAGACUCGACAGUUUCUAUUAGACAACGCUGUCAGUCUGGAUUCCUUUAGCCAGGCGGCAGCAGAGAGGAGUACAACUGUGAUCCUGGUGAAAAACCUUCCAGCUGGAGUGACGGUGUCAGAGUUGGAGGAGCUCUUCUCCCCUCACGGCUCUUUGGGCCGAGUGCUUCUCCCUCCCUCAGGACUCACCGCCAUCAUCGAGUUCCUCGAGCCAACCGAGGCAAAGCGAGCCUUCACUCGGCUGGCCUACAGCAAGUUUCAACACGUCCCGCUGUAUUUGGAGUGGGCACCUGUGGGGGUGUUUGUGGCAGCCAAACCAGUACCAGUAUUAGAAAAAGAGGAAGCAGUGAAAGAGGAGAAGAAGAAGGAAGAAGAGGAAGAUGAGGAGGAGGAGGAAGAGGAGGAAUCUGCUCCUGGUUCCACACUUUUCAUUAAGAAUCUUAAUUUCAGCACAACGGAGGAGAAACUUCAGGAGACAUUCUCCAAAUGUGGGAAGGUCACAUCCUGCUCCAUCUCCAAGAAGAAAGAUAAAACAGGCAAGAUGUUGUCCAUGGGCUACGGUUUCGUCCAGUAUCAGACAGCAGAGGCAGCACAGAAAGCCCUGAGGCAACUACAGCACUGUUCUGUGGACGAUCACCAGUUGGAGCUGAAGAUUUCUGAGAGAGCCACAAGGACUACUGAGGUGUCACGCAAAGAAGAAGCAACUUGAGAAGAAACAGACUGGAUCCAAGAUCCUUGUGCGCAACGUCCCCUUCCAAGCCACUGUCAGGGAAAUUCGGGAACUCUUCUGUACAUUUGGAGAGCUGAAGACAGUCCGUCUUCCAAAGAAAGCAGCCGGUUCAGGGACUCACAGAGGUUUUGGAUUUAUUGACUUCCUCACCAAACAGGAUGCAAA